UUUCUUUCCUUCCCUCCAUCCGUCCGUCCUUCCCUCCCUCUCUUCAUUCUUCCUUCCCUUCAUCCGUCUCUUAUUCCAUCAAACUUUCCCCUCUCUCUUUUUCACCUGUUUUUUUUUUCUCCCUCUCCACCUGUUCCCCCCUCUCUCUUUCUCUCCCUCUCUCCCUCCUUUCACCUGUUCCCCUCUUCCCUACUUUCCUCCCCUCAGAACAAUUCUGGACUCCCCCCUUUUUCGUUUUCAAUCCUUAUUAUCUCCACACCUCCAAUCCCCGCCUUGACCUUGACUUUGGAUUUAAACUUCUUUCCCCAAAGAAGAAGGGCCAGCCUUUAAGCGAAAGAGAAGACGACUCUCUGCGUCAUCUUGAGCAGGAUUUGAACUCGCCACAGCCCCGGGCGCCGCCGGAGAGAUGCCAGCCGGUUUCCAGCAGAUACGGAGAGAGGAUGAGGACGAGGAAGGAGAGGAAGAUUCGGGGAGCAGGAUAACCUUCACCUUAAUCUUGUCCGUCUUCACGGCCGUGUUGGGGUCUCUGCAGUUUGGAUACAACAUCGGAGUCAUCAACGCGCCGCAAGAGAUAAUCGAACAGAACUACAAUGCUACCUGGCUACACCGAAAUGGGGAGCACAUCGACCCCAACACCCUCAAAACGCUCUGGUCCCUGUCGGUCGCCAUUUUUUCCAUCGGCGGAAUGAUCUCGGCCUUCAUGGUGGGCGUUGUCUCGGAAUGGCUCGGCAGGAAGAGGGCGAUGAUUGUCAACAAUGGCUUGGCCUUCCUCGGCGGCGGUUUCAUGGGCCUGGCCAAACUCGGCAAGUCCUACGAGAUGAUGAUCAUCGGACGGUUCCUGAUUGGGGCUUUCUCAGGAUUUGCUUCAGGUCUGGUGCCCAUGUACGUGGGUGAAAUCUCCCCCACCAACCUUCGCGGGGCGCUGGGCACACUGAAUCAGCUGGCCAUCGUCAUCGGCAUUCUCAUUGCCCAGGUGUUUGGUCUGGACAGUCUUCUGGGCACAAGUGAGCUGUGGCCGCUCUUGUUGGGUAUUUCGGUGGUGCCUUCCAUCCUCCAGCUCCUGAUGUUCCCCUUCUGUCCAGAGAGCCCCCGAUAUCUCUACAUCAUCCGCAACAAGGAGUCCAAGGCCAAAGAAAGUCUCAAGCGGCUGACCGGCCAGGUGGACGUGACCGCGGCUCUGACAGAGAUGAAGGAGGAGAAAAGGAGGAUGGAUUUGGAGCGCAAAGUCUCCAUCGCGCAGCUUUUCCGCUGCCGCAUCUACCGCCAGCCCCUGCUGAUCGCCGUGGUCUUGCAGCUAUCGCAGCAACUCUCCGGCGUCAACGCGAUAUUCUAUUACUCAACGGACAUCUUCAAAAAGGCCGGCUUGGACAAACCCAUCUUCGCCACCAUCGGGGCUGGCGCCGUGAACACGGUGUUCACCAUCGUUUCGGUGUUCCUGGUGGAGCGAGCCGGCCGGCGGACCUUGCAUAUGCUGGGAUUGGCAGGAAUGGCCGUGUGUGCCAUCCUUAUGACGGUGGCCCAGGGUUUGACGGACCGUGUGCCGGCAAUGAGCUACCUCAGCAUGGUGGCCACCUUUGGCUUUGUGGCGUUCUUUGAGAUUGGCCCGGGGCCAAUACCCUGGUUCAUUGUGGCGGAGCUCUUCAGCCAAGGUCCCCGCCCGGCUGCAAUGGCCGUCGCCGGCUUCGCCAACUGGACUUGCAACUUCAUCAUUGGGAUGAGUUUCCCCUCGAUCGAGGGAGCUCUCCACUCGUACGUCUUCCUCAUCUUCGCAGCCCUUCUCUUUGUGUUCUUGAUCUUCACGUACAUCAAGGUUCCCGAGACGCGAGGCCGCACCUUUGACCAGAUCGCCGCUACAUUCCGACGGACGCCAUCUUUGCUAGAACGAGAGAUCAAGCCGUACACGGAACUGGACGAACUGAGCCCGGACGCCCAUGAAUGAUAGGGUUUGGGCAGGCGGCGAACCCUAGCGCCCAAAAGGCACGGCAAAUGUGGACCGUGGUGUUCAGGGUAGCUGGCAAGAGGUACCAGGAUCUGCCUAGCACUUUAAUGGUGCCACAAGCCUUACUGGCGCGUGGUCAGAGUUGAACCCUAUUUUUUUCUUUGAUUUCAUUAGGUCAGUUUUUAGCCUGGAUGUGUUUUUAAUUUCUUUUUUUUUAAGAAAGAAAGGAAAAACAUUAAUAAAAAGCAGGGUGGGCAUUGUGGGGCGUGGGGGACACAGACCCGUCGCCCCACUUUCUUUGUUUCGGAGAACAAGAAGCUCGUGGCGUCGAGCCAGGAGCCACGAGUUCCGAUUCUGUAAAUAAAGGAUCGUGGGGGAUUUGCACUGAGAGCGGACAGGAGGCUGACGUGCUGUCGAGAUCCAGGAACCGCAUUCUCCCCAAAAGCAAAGUUCAAAGGCAGAGGCUGAAUUUGAAAAAGGGACGGUGGACGGUGGGGUGGAAGUAAUAAUUCUUCGGACAGCGACUAAAUUAAUCUUCCCACCGAUUUUCGGGUUAUUUAUAUGUUGACUCCAUUUCCGCAUCGAGCCAGGGCUCAGCCCUGACUUGCACAAGCAGCUGAGAAAAGAGUGCCCCAGAACAUGUGCUGAGUUCUUUCCCGCUCACACCCUAAGGAGCCACGCUCAGGCCUCUCCCAUCACCCCGUUUUGGGGUGUGGGGAGGGGUCAGGGCUUUUAGGCCCCAGGGCUGGCCCAUCUCCUUCUAGAAAUGAAGAACUGGAGGGUGGGUAUGAAGAAAACCAUCCUUGAAUGCUCAUGGAGAGGUGAUAUGGUCAGUAGUGACGUUGCUGGGGUCUCAAGCCCCCCCAAAAAACCAUUUUCGCCUGCACCGUGGUUGCCUAGCAACAGCAACAAUGGCUGCCCUGGCCGUGUUUAGCAACCACCAUGUGUGUUGCCUAAACACU